AUGGUUGCCUUCGUCUUCCCCCCCCUUCCCUUCCUCUUACUCUUCCCGUCGUUCCCCCUUCCCUUCCCCUUCCCCUUCCCUUUCCGCUUCCCCUGUACCUUAACGUUGUUCCCCUUCCUCCUCAACAUCGCCUUCACUUUCCGUUUCACGUUCCCCACUUUCUCUUUUCCCCCCACCUCCCUUCCCCUUCACCUUCCCUUUCCCGUUUCCAUUCCUGUUCACCAUCCCCUUCCCCUACACAAUGCUGCUGUUUCCAUUAUCCUCGUUUGCAGAGUCUCCUUUACCCCGUUUGAAGAUCCAGUCUGCUCUCCAGAGGGUCACGUCUACGAUAUUGUUAACAUUGUGCCUUACAUCCAGAAGUUCAAGCGUAACCCGGUUACCGGCAAGCCUCUGGCUCUCAAGGACCUGAUCAAGCUUCACUUCCACAAGAACGCCGACGGCGAGUACCAUUGCCCAGUUUUGAAGAAGGUGUUUACCGAGUUUACCCACAUCGUUGCUGUCAAGACAACCGGCAACGUGUUCUGCUACGAGGCCAUCAGGGAGCUGAACGUGAAGCCCAAGAACUGGAAGGAGCUGCUCACAGAUAAGCCCUUCACACGUGCUGACAUCAUCACCAUUCAGGACCCCAACAAUCUGGAUGCCAAUGUGCUCACGGAGUUCGACCACGUCAAGCAGAACCUCGCCGCUCCCAAGGAAGGCGAAGGCAGCGCAGCAGCAUCAGGAGUGAAUGCAGCAGUGUCGGAGAGCAUUCAGCGGGUCCUGGCUGCCCUUCCAAAGAACGAUGGCGAGGAGCCUGGAGUCGGCUCAUCCAAAGGUGCAUCCCAGUUACUAAUGGGCGGGGGAGGAAGCAAGGCGAGGAAGGAAGCAGCAGCGGCAGCAGCAGCACUAGAUGCAAGGAAAGCAGAAGAGGUUGCGGCUGCUGCCGCUGCUGCUGCUAGAGAGGCCCUAGCUGCACAGGAGGGAGAAGAGGGCGCGGAGCAAGGGGGGGGAGGAGGAGCGGAAGGAACAGGGGGGGCGGGAGGAGCAGGAGCAGGUGGUAAAGGAAAGGGGGGUGGGGAGAAGGCGAAGAGGAAGCGAGGAGAGCAGCGGGAAGCGGAGCAGCAGAAGAAGCACGUGCAGCAGCAGAUCCUGCAGAGGCAGAGAGAAAUGGAGGCCCCUUCAAUCGCCGGCAGCGCAGCAACCGCCGCUGGUGCUGCUGGUACAGCAGGCGCAGCAGGAGCAGCAGGAGGAGGCACAGGCGCCCCUCCGCCUAUGAGCAUUGUCGAUGCGGCGAGUGCUGCUCUCUCCGGCCGCAGCGCCGCCGCGGCCAAGGCAACCGACGAGAAGAAAGCCCACGCGCGCGCAGCCGCGCACGCAGCAGGGCAGCGGGUGCUGAUCAAAGAAAACACGAAGCUGGUCAGGAGCGCGUACACCUCCGGAGCGACUACCCGGUCGUUUACCUCUACGGUGUAUGAGCCGGUGACUACGACGGAGUUUGAGAUGGUGAGGGUGGAGAAGAAGCCGAAGAAGAAGGGGUACUGCCGCGUGCACACGAGUGCGGGCGACCUGAACGUGGAGCUGCAUUGUGAUAUUGCCCCAAGGACCAAUUUCAUGAUUCAAGGGGGAGACCCCACGGGCACAGGCAAGGGAGGCCAGUCGGCGUGGGGCAAGCCGUUUCAGGACGAGUUUGACUCGCGGCUGGGCCACAGCGAGAGGGGAGUGCUGUCCAUGGCCAACAGCGGCCCUCACUCCAACGGCUCGCACUCCCUCGAACGCUCGCAGAAUUUCAUGAUCCAGGGAGGGGACCCUACUGGUACAGGCAAGGGGGGGCAGUCGGCGUGGGGCAAGCCGUUUCAGGACGAGUUUGACUCGCGGCUGGGCCACAGCGAGAGGGGAGUGCUCUCCAUGGCCAACAGCGGCCCUCACUCCAAUGGCUCGCAGUUCUUUGUGCUCUUCAAGUCGGCGCCGCAUCUUAAUUACAAGCACUCGGUGUUCGGCCGCGUGGUGGGGGGAAUGGAGACCCUGACUGCCUUGGAGAGGAGUGCUGUGGAUGACAAGGACAUGCCUCUGAAACCCAUUACCAUAGAGAGCAUCUCAGUGUUUGUCAACCCAUACACGGAAAUAGAUGCAGAGGCAGAGGCGGAGGAAGCAGCAGCAAGGGAGAAGGAGGAGAGGAAGGGCAAGGAGCCCACGUGGGAGGAGCAACAGGAGAUGGAUGCUGUGGGGAGUUGGUACAGCAACCCCUUGGCAGGCAAAGAGGCGCCGAAAGUCUUCAAGUCGCAAGGAAUCGGCAAGUACUUGAAUCCAUCAGUGGCAAAGCCUUCUGAGGGCAGUGGGUCUGGAUCGAAGGCAAUGGGUCCACCCCCAGUUCCUGUAAAGAAGGCUCAGCCAAGCUCUUAUGGAAACUUUGAUGCUUGCCGCAGCCAAGCCCCCCCUUCUUACCCCCUUCCCUGGGACGACGUAUCACGGCCCGCCACGUGGCCUGCGCCGGCAAGCGCGGGCCCGAACGGCGCGGCUGGCAGGGGGAUGCGCGCAGGGGGAAGGGAUGGGGCGGAGGCGGGGAGCGCCGGGAUGGGGGGAGGAAUGGGGGGAGGAAUGGGGAGAGGGAUGGGGGGAGCGAUGGGGGGAGCGAUGGGGGGAGGCAUGGGGGCGAUGGCGGGGGCGAUGGGGAUGGAUGCGGGGGCGCGCGGAGGGGCGGACUACUCGAUGAGCGACCCCAUCUGGGCCGCCAUCCGCGCGGAAGCGAGGCUGGAGGCAGAGCGAGAGCCGAUCUUGAGCAGUUUCCUCUACGCGUCCAUCCUCGCCCACUCCUGCUUCGAGCGCUCUAUCGGAUUCGUUCUCGCAAAUCGCCUGCAGAACGUGACGCUGCUGGCGACUCAGCUGAUGGACGUGUUUGACUCGGUGCUCAUGCUGCCCAAUAUCAGAGCGGCUAUCAGGGCGGAUGUGCAGGCUGUGCGGGAUCGGGAUCCGUCGUGCCGCUCCUACUCCAAUGCCCUCCUCUACUACAAGGGAUACCACGCUUUGCAGUCGUACCGUAUCGCCCAUGCCUUGUGGAACCGAGGUCAGCGCAUCUUGGCGCUUGCGCUGCAGUUGGCAUAUCCGAG